CGGGGAGUGUUCAGCCAGCAGCCGGUGGAUGUUCCGCCAUGGAGUUAAAGAGACUUCGAGCCAUGCUGGUGCUGAUAUGGAUCCUUCCAGGUGACACUAAGAAGGUGGAGAUGCCCAGCAAAGAGAUGGAGGUGGUGAAGGGUCAGAUGGUGGUGCUCCAGGCCUGGUACAGCCCGAGCUCUGACAUUUCCCUAAACUCUGUCAUCUGGCAGUUCACGCGCAACGAGUCCAAGCAGGUGAUAAACUUCAGCUCAGGUAAAGUCGGACACGGACAAAACGAGUUCACCCAGAGAGUGGGCUUCAGUGUGGCCAUGCCCUCAGCCAACCUCUCCAUCUACAUCAACAACACCCAGGAAACCGACUCCGGUCACUACAUGUGCCACGUCAUCGUCCCCGGAGAGCAGGGCCUGACCGGAGAGAUGCGGCUUAACGUCAAAGUUCCUCCCUCGCCUCCGGAGUGCAGCUUGAUGGGAAACCCGGUGGUGAAAGGCAACGUGACUCUGAGCUGCAGGUCCCAGCAUGGAAAACCUGUCCCUCAGUACAAAUGGACCAAAGCUGCACCCCUGUCUGAGGUCUUCUUCUCACCUGUGCAAAAAUGGCGAUCCUGUCCCCAGCCCUUGCUUGUCCUUGGGUUCAUGGAUGAGAGACACGGCACCCUCAGGCUGAGCAACCUCACCAAGAGCAUGUCAGGAAAGUACAUCUGCCGAGCCAGCAACACAGCUGGCUCCGACAGCUGCUCCAUCAACCUGGAGGUCGUCACCUCUUCCAAUGCAGGGGUAAUCGCUGCGACGACUCUGGGGUCAGUGGUGGGACUGGUGGCCAUAGUGCUCCUCCUCAUAUUCAUUCUGAGGAGGAGACGGGACACGGAGGAGGAGAUGGCCAACGAGAUCAAGGAGGACGCUCAGGCACCAAAGCGAGUAUCGUGGGCGAAGAGCAACACCGGCUCUGACAACGUGUCUAAAAACGGCACAUUGUCCUCCAUAGCCACCAGCCCUCGCUCACAAGAUCCUCGUCAGCCUGACUUCCGGUACCCGUACUCCCCCAUGUCGGCGUCCGACACAGGCUCCGUGAUCCACGCCUACCACCUGCGACCCGGAGAGGCCAACAGCUUGCAGGGGCUUCCCGGUUACAACAUUGGAGGCACGCCAACACGGAAACACCGGAGGCCUCCCAGUACGAAUGGGGCUCCUCCGCAGGUCCUCGGAAGCCCUGCGGCUGGCUUCCACAAAAGGACAGAGGGGGCUCAGCCUCAGGUGGGCCCUCCACUCACUGCGUCCCCACAGACCAGCUCCUCCACGCUGACUCGAGUGGGAACAGUGGCUGUGAUGGUGCCAGCUCAGAGCCAAGCCGGGUCACUGGUGUAGCUAGCAGAGACGUGUCUGAUGGACAGAGAGAAG